CCUUAAAUUGGAAUGUGAGAAACUGGCAAGUGAAAAGACGGAAAUGCAGAGGCACUAUGUGAUGUAUUACGAAAUGUCGUAUGGAUUAAACAUUGAAAUGCACAAACAGACAGAAAUCGCCAAGAGAUUGAAUACAAUUUGUGCACAAGUCAUCCCAUUUUUGUCUCAGGAACAUCAGCAGCAAGUGGCCCAAGCUGUAGAACGUGCCAAACAAGUGACCAUGGCUGAACUGAAUGCCAUCAUCGGGGUACGUGGCCUUCCAGGUCUACCUCCUACACAGCAGCAGUUGCAGGCUCAACAUCUCUCCCAUGGCCAUGGACCUCCAGUGCCUCUAACACCGCAUCCAUCAGGACUUCAGCCUCCAGGAAUCCCUCCGCUUGGAAGCAGUGCUGGCCUUCUUGCCCUUUCUAGUGCUUUGGGUGGGCAGUCACACUUGGCAAUAAAAGAUGACAAGAAGCAUCACGAUGCAGAGCACCACAGAGACAGAGAGCCGGGCACAAGUAAUUCUCUUUUGGUCCCGGACAGUCUGCGAAGCACAGAUAAACGCAGGAAUGGCCCUGAAUAUACCAAUGACAUCAAAAAGAGAAAGGUGGAUGAUAAGGAUUCCAGCCACUAUGACAGUGAUGGGGACAAGAGUGACGAUAACUUGGUUGUAGAUGUAUCCAAUGAGGAUCCUUCUUCCCCAAGGGCAAGUCCUGCUCAUUCACCACGUGAAAAUGGUAUAGAUAAAACCCGCCUGCUGAAGAAGGAUGCCUCUAGCAGUCCAGCAUCUACAGCCUCUUCAGGAAGUUCCACUUCCCUCAAAUCCAAAGAAAUGAGUCUGCAUGAAAAAGCCAGCACGCCUGUUCUGAAAUCCAGCACACCAACUCCUCGAAGUGAUGUGCCAACCCCAGGCACUAGUGCAACUCCAGGACUUCGUCCAGGCCUUGGCAAGCCUUCAACAAUGGACCCUCUGGUUAACCAAGCUGCUGCAGGUUUGCGGACACCCUUGGCAGUACCAGGACCGUACCCUGCUCCAUUUGGAAUGGUACCUCAUGCUGGCAUGAAUGGAGAGUUAACCAGUCCAGGGGCAGCCUAUGCCAGUCUGCACAAUAUGUCACCCCAGAUGAGUGCUGCUGCUGCUGCAGCUGCUGUGGUUGCCUAUGGAAGAUCUCCUAUGGUUGGGUUUGAUCCUCCUCCUCACAUGAGAGUACCUGGAAUCCCUCCAAACCUAGCAGGGAUUCCUGGGGGAAAACCAGCCUACUCCUUUCACGUUACUGCAGAUGGUCAGAUGCAGCCAGUUCCUUUCCCUCCUGAUGCCCUCAUUGGUCCAGGAAUCCCUCGCCAUGCCCGUCAGAUCAACACUCUGAACCAUGGGGAAGUUGUGUGUGCAGUUACCAUCAGCAACCCCACAAGACACGUGUACACAGGUGGGAAGGGGUGCGUCAAAGUCUGGGACAUCAGCCACCCUGGCAACAAGAGCCCUGUCUCUCAGCUGGACUGCCUGAACAGAGAUAACUACAUCCGCUCUUGUAAAUUGCUGCCUGAUGGAUGCACGCUAAUAGUUGGUGGGGAAGCCAGCACGUUAUCCAUAUGGGACCUGACAGCACCAACUCCUCGUAUAAAAGCAGAGCUGACAUCCUCAGCCCCUGCCUGCUAUGCUCUGGCUAUCAGCCCUGAUUCCAAGGUGUGCUUCUCCUGCUGCAGUGAUGGGAACAUCGCAGUGUGGGAUCUGCACAAUCAGACGUUGGUCAGGCAAUUCCAGGGCCACACAGAUGGAGCCAGCUGUAUUGACAUUUCUAAUGAUGGUACCAAGCUCUGGACAGGAGGUUUGGAUAACACUGUCAGAUCCUGGGACUUGAGAGAGGGGAGACAGCUACAACAGCACGACUUCACAUCACAAAUAUUUUCCCUUGGUUAUUGUCCUACUGGUGAAUGGCUAGCUGUGGGAAUGGAGAGCAGCAAUGUAGAAGUGCUACAUGUAAAUAAACCAGACAAAUAUCAACUGCACCUUCAUGAGAGUUGUGUGCUGUCACUCAAGUUUGCUUACUGUGGUAAAUGGUUUGUGAGUACUGGGAAAGAUAACCUUCUUAAUGCAUGGAGAACUCCUUAUGGAGCCAGUAUCUUCCAGUCCAAAGAAUCUUCGUCAGUGCUUAGCUGUGACAUCUCUGUGGAUGAUAAGUACAUAGUCACUGGCUCUGGAGACAAAAAGGCUACAGUCUAUGAAGUUAUCUACUGAAAAAUAUGAUGGGGAUAUAACUUUUAGAAGUUGAACUGGGCCAAAAUUGUUCUUAAGUGUAGUAGUAGAAAGGUUUUGCCUUUUAAAAAGGAACAAAAGUAUUGAGGUUCCAGACCUUGCCAUGAAACUACUCCGAUUUUUCAAAAUAGAAGGCAACAUCCAGCAACUAUAUAUUGGCUACGUGGACCAAACAGAACACAGAGGCAAGAUGGACAGUUGUAGCCUAGGUUUUUGACGUAGUUUUUAAAAGCCGAGUCUACUGAAGAAUGUUGGAGCCUUUUAUUUUCUUUCUUUCUUUGUGACCUCAUACAAAUUGUUCUCAUUGCCUGAAUAUGGGGGAUAAAAACCUUUCUGUUCCUUGCAGUUCAAGUUGCAUUCUGUCCUGUGUAGAGCAGUGGUGUCUCAGAUGAACUUGUUUCCUGGUUUUGCAUCUUGUGAUACGUUUUUGUAUUUUUGUUGAAGGUCAAACGUUUGUAAAAAUUGUAAAUAUAUUUAGUUUAUUACAGUAAAGGCUUUAGUACCAACAACCAGUCUUCCCCCCCUGCCCCCUCCC